AGAAAAGCACUUUGAAGUGGUGAUGCAUCUUACAUUUAUCUUCGUGAACACAUUGAUCUUCCUGAUUUAUCCAGGUAAAACAGAAAACGCAGUUUCUUUGAAGAAGUGUUAUUUUGAAGUGUAUUUAGAUGUUGUGUUUAUGAUUUUCUAUUAGAUUAUCCUUUAUACGUUAGAAAUUAGCGUUGAGUUUAUAGUAGCUUUCGUUGACAAGGUUUAACUUAAUUGAUUUGGCAAGAAAAAUAAGUUUUCUUGAAAUAGGACGACCGAACCUUCUGCUUUUCUACUAUUUGUCAUCUCGAUGUGUCUGUAAUAUCACCACAAGUAUGCAAAUUACGCAAAAUAUUUUCUUUACGGCUACGAAAAAACAUCUUUAUUGAUUUCUGAGCAUUUUUCAGAAAACUUUCAGCUUUUAUCGUGUAGCUUUACUGAGACGAAAAUAACAGAAAACCUUUGCCUUGCGAAUGAGAGCACUUGGCAUGAGAUACAUAUUCGAAAGCUGCCUGACUGUUAAGCUUUCAAAUGAUGUUCUAAAAUUUAAUCUCAAUAUCUAAGUUCAUUGCGAUUGUAAAAGUUACUACAUUUAAUUGAGAAGUUUGAACAAGAUUCUGUUCCACGAGCCAUGUGAAAUCUCUGUUACUCAUUUCUGUUAUGCUAAGAGUGAGUUAGGGGGUAACAAGCAAGAAAAGUCACUCUUUUAGCUUAGUUAAGCAGUAUUUUACUGAAGGGAUCACAAGCAGCUUCGGUAAACUUUAUUAACGCAAAUCAAAGAAAAAAAGUAAAAAUUUUGAUCGACCAGAUAUGAUUUUGUUUUAUAAGACAAUGUAUUGGCGGUAUUAAUGAUUUAAUUUCGUAGUUCGUAUAUCUGGGAAUCAGAAUCAGAGAUAAUCUCCCAUUGGCUGAAAUUUGCUCGCAGUUGCAUGAAGAAAAUUAAAAAUUCUAUUAGACACGAGAAGACAGAAAUUUAGGUAAGGUGGUUUGUACUUUUUAAUUUUUUAUUUGAAAGGUAAAGUAAUUAAAAAUAGAAAUUUUGGACAAAUGGAAAGGGAAUUCAAUUGUGCUUUGAGAAUGUAGUUGAAAAUCGAUAACUGUUAUUUUUCGUUCGGUAGGGGGUCAAAUUGGUUAAUGAAAAUUCCUGCUGUUUUUAAACUUUUCUUUCAAGAAGCAAUUCAUGCAAACCAUUGAUAUUCCGGUAACAAAGCAAACUUUGACAUUCUUUCUUUGGAAAAGUAAUUUGUUUAAUUUUUAAGCUGUUUCAGAAGAUUGAUUAUUUUUCUUGAUGGAUUGAAAUUUGUGCAAACAUCUAUUCUGAUGGAUGAUUGCAUCCCAGCAAAAACAGUGUGUCGCCGUCUAUAAUUUGACAAUAUGCAGGUGGCGAACCGAUUUUCACUUAAAAACAACAAGGGAAACCCUGGCUUAUUUAUGUUUCAAGUUUCAUUACUGAGAAUCGAAGAUGCUGGCGAUCAUAAGAUCGUUAUUACUAGCAGAUCAGUCCUGUUUAUGGAAUGUCAGCAAACUUAGUGUUUUGGUUAUAAAAUUUCAUUUUUUUGUCGGAUGCAAUAUGAAAAGAUAUUUACUCUCCUUUCGAAAAAGUUGUUUUUCGCUACUUUAAAAUAAUCAUUUUACUAGACGCAAUCCUUUUUGAAAAUAGUAGUCAAAGUAAGGUAAAUAAGUAACAGAGAUUUGUCUGUCGCAUUGACCGUAGAUUGUCCUGUAAACCGCUCAAUUAUUGGUUUUGUUUGAUUCUUUUUGAAAGCCAAUUGUACUUCUCUAAAAAUCAUUUUUCUGUGCCUGGCAACCAUUUCAAUUCACUUAAAAAGUUGACAUGUCGCAGUUGGUAUACUGUCGACUGUAGUGAUUAUUUACGCUACUGGGGAAAUUUUUCAGAGAGAAACAUGCAUUGCAUGGGAUUCUGGAAUGUUCCCCUACUCGAAUUACCUCGCGGGAGUGUGGCAUGUUUCCGUUUAAUUUUUUGUUUUAGUCUAUUUUUCAUUUGAAACGAGACCACUCAGUUUUUACUUUACCUCAGUCAAGGCAUUGAUCGUGAGGCCAUAAAUUUCUUAGUUUUUGAAAAAGAAAUGGAGAAAUGGAGAGCUUAUAUAUGGCAGUAUGGCACAAUUGAAUUAUGUAACUAUUUAAUUGGUACGUACAUGUACAGAGUUCCACGAAGGCACCAACAUGGCGCGGUCUUCAUAUUGAUUCCUGUAUUAUGGAACUACUUUUUGAAAAAUAACUCAUGUAAAAGAAAUCACAUAAAACUGAGACUUGGAAAGUAUUUUAACAUAUUAAAAUUCUGUUACCGUAUCAUUUUAGAUUUCCUCGCCUUUUUGGCGUUUUGUUAUUAAAUGUAGCUGUGAAAACAAGCAAUAAUUGGUUCAAAAAGUACGAAGGCAACUUUUUCUCGAAAAACUCUCCGUGGCCUUCAUUUUCACGGUCUUCUGAUAUGAUUAAUAAGCAAGAUGACGAUUUUGAAGUUGCGACACGGAUUGAAGCAUGACGCAACUUGGAACCAUACGACGUCAUAUUUAUAACGCCAACUUAGCGACGAUUAUUAGACAUUUUUGAUGCACUAUUGGCACACUAAAGCCUCCCAAUUUCAGCCUAACCUGAGUGCAGUCACGAUAUAUUAAUCGUUACUUUGAAACGUAAAAAGAAGGAGAAUUGGUGUUCAUUAAAUAUUAAAUAUGUAUGCUAAAUAUUACCUCCACCAAUAGGUGUUUUCUAAUAGGUUGUUGUUGUACUGAUCAAUUUACAGCCAAAGGACUAUCUGACGUGGCUUUUAACGCCAGUGUAAUUAGUGAAUCUAUCACCAAUACUACUGACAGUGAUGGUAAGCCCAAUUUUUUUCUAAAAUCGUUAUUUAGUGUUGGUGUUUUUUGUGUGACAUACGUAUUUGAUCUAUUCCCAUUCCCAAAUAUUCCUGCGUUUUCAAAAAAAGUUGAAUAAUUGACUCUCGAAACAAUCUUAAUAUUAAAAACAAUGCCAUAGCGUUGUACAUAUGGAGGUUAAACUGAUUUUCGCCUUCCAAUUGUGUCUAAGUUGCAGACGCGGGGUUGGUGCAAGACGAUGAUGAUGAACUCCGGUUGGUUAGGGAUCUUUUUGAACACUACGACAUAAACGUGCGUCCUACGGUUGAGAAGGACUUGCCGAUUGUAGUCAAAUUUGGGAUUGCUUACACCCAGAUUGUCGAUUUGGUAAUUUGAUUUGUAUUAUUUGCCUCUUUUAAAUAAUAUCACAAAAUAAGCAUUGCAAAAGUUGAAUUGUUUUUUUAGAAGCACUAAGCCAACUUUUGUCUAUAGAAAAACUUUGAUUAAAUUUUGCGCUUUGCGUGAUUAAAUAACAUUGUACAAGUAAACAUGAGUUUCAGGAGUUUAUUCUAUGUACAAGUACAACUUUUCACGUACAACUUGGCACUUUAAAAUUUUCGAUAUUUCUAGCAGUCUUGUAAUUAUCUCAAGUGAGUUUAAAUAAUACAGGAAUAUAUUUCGGUUUGAACUGAGUUUUUUAAGGUAGUUAAUAUAUAAAUUUGAACAAAAAGAGACUCUACAGACAAAAAGACUCAGGGGGUAAGCACAAUCAUCAAACAAAUAUUUGAUAAAGCCAUGACUGAAAUGCAGUCCCUCAGAUAUCUUAAGUCCUUAAAUCGAAUGAAUGGCAUUCAAUGUUUUUGUUUUUUUUAUCAGCAAUACCACAAAAUCUAUCUGUUUAAAGAGAUCCAACCACUCAAUGUUUGUCCCUUUCCCUGAGGGUUUUAGAUGUAUUGUCUAUUUUGCACUUAUGAACGCGGCAUCACUCCCAAGGGAAUUUAGUCAAAAUCAAAUAUCUACAAACAGAAGCAAAUUGGCAUUGUUUUACUUAAGAGUUGAUAACUUAAACAUGUAAACUACAAAACUACUUAAUAAGACCUUCGAACGCUUCCCAGGGAGCCAUGAACAAACUUCACUGACAAGAUUGCAGUCAUUGGAUCAUGUGAAUUCAUUUGACUGCUGUCGGCCCUUUGCUGCAUUUUUGCCAGCCUUUGAGGCAAUGGAGACCUUUCAAGUAAGUGAAAUCAUAGAGCUAAUAAAACGUUAAUCCUUUUCCAGGGUCAUUAAGACCACUGAAAGGUAAUUCUAUCAUUUACGUUUGACCAUGACAAUAUCCUUCGAAAAUUUUCGCUGCGAUGUCGAUUUUAGGCCCCUCGCAAGAGAUGGAGAAAUAAACUUCUUUGUGGUUAUCAGUAACUUGCAUGGCGACAGUUAAGUCUACAAAGCGAGUAAACGUGAAACAUAGAAAAUGAUAAAUAUGGAGUCUUAAAUCAACUUAUUUAGAUUCAUUUGGCUGUGUUAAUUGUGCUCUGUCGUCGUCCACUAGGGCCCUUUGGGCAACCGGCUCAAUACGGAUGAACUAUGCCGUAAAUGUAUUCAUUAAAAAAUUCAAUAGACAUUUCUUUUCUCAGAGUAAAUAUUAAAUAAUAAAUCUUUAUGAGUUCGUCAAGUGUUGAUUUCAAGCAUUUGUAGGAAAACUCAAAGAUAGAUGUUUCUGUUGGUUUCAGGCUGCCAUAUUUGCGCCCCUCAAAUGGACACCAAAAUGGCGUCUCUAGACAAAGCUUUACAAAUUUGAGUAAAACGUUUUUCCGAAUAUCUCGCAUAUGAAAUAUCGCACAAACGUGAUUCUUUUGUAUACUCAUUUUCUUUCAUUUUCCAGAUUCUGGACUUUCUGUAUUGAAUAGUUUGCAAUUCUAUUUUUGAUGGCGUGACAGUGAAAACAGAGAAUUGUCUGUUGCUUAGAGAAAGCACGUGACCUUCAUUCUCAAUUUUUGCUGGGUUUCAUAGGUUUUUUUUAUACAAAUGGCCCAUUUCCAAAAAAUCAAUUAAUUAGUGGUCAUCAAAAGUUAUCUUCAUCGCGCCCGGCGCUCGUGAUUGGCACAUUUUAUUACAACAUGCGCAGUGUAAAAGCUCAUUCCACUUUACGGGACAAUUAUAUGUAAAAAAACACCAUCAACUGCAACGUAAGGAAUGCAACAUGCCUAUAUUCAAGGGUGAACACCGAUCGUUUUAAAUUGUCUUUUAUAAAAAGACUUAUUUCAUUUUUUUUUAUUACGAUCUAGGUUUCAGUGUUAGUGCUAUGCUUUUAAUCAACAGUUUUUCUAGAGUUUGUAUCGUAAAUUAUGUAGCCAUAUCUCGUGGUGAAUAAAGACCUUUAAUUCAUACUUAUUGUUGCUGUUAUAAACAACAGUACCAAAAUAUGCUAGAUUAUAAGAUAACAAUAAAUUUAUGAAAGAUGAUAAAAUUAGUGUGGCAAGGCCGGAAUCAUUAAUCGGCUAGUUCAUAACAUGAAGUACGAAACUCAUACAACAGGCUUAGCCUAAUUAGCUAAAUCUUAAUAAACUGAAACGAUGCUUUAACUUUAUCAAAUCAAGCGGAUAAAAAUAAAAUAAAUAAAGCGGAUAAUUCCUAAAGAUAUAUCUUGGAAAGAAAUCUUUGUCACAUUAAUAAGCCAAGGUUAGACGAAUUAUCUCUGAAGAUAAAUUCAAACUUAGAGAGGAAUUAAGGAAAUUGCAUUUUUAGCAUUCUAGAAACAAAAAAAACUUCUUUUAAUUAUCACUUUUAAGUGGUGUUUCUGACCUAAAAAGGACUGUGUCGAAAAAUUUCAUAGUACUUGCUUACAGUUCCAGCUUUUUCUUUCCAGUUAGGUUUGCUACUAAAAUAGUCAAACUGAUUUUUACCUUGAAAUUCAUACUACAUUUAAGAGUUGGUAUAGGAGAGUUUAUCUUGUAUAGCCUAGCGUCGUUUACUUUCUUAGGGCCUAAGACAACUUGCCUAAAUUUCUGUUCAUUUUGCCGUACAAGGGCUUUUAUUUUCCUGUCUUACUAUGCGAUUUCCUUUCUCUAAAAUGUGGACAUUCGAUUUCUAUCUAUUCAAAGUAUUUUUCUUUUGUAAAAUUUCUAUUACUGUAAUGCGAUCAACUACUCAUUCAAAUAAACGAUCAAUAUUUUGUUGUUUGAUCCUAAUUCUUCUUCUUCCACCCUUUACUGCUCUCACAAGUGAUCUAGUACACUUAUGGGGUUGAAUGAUACUCUAAAUGGUCUGCUGAGAACUUACUUGGAUUUGUAACUUGUUAUGAACCACUUCAGACUGUCAGAAUCAAGCACACUUACACAUUGACGGAAGAAAACAAUCAUCAAAUGCUUUCAGUAAUUAAAACCGAACUUAGAGUUACAGGCAUAGAAAUCACUGCUUUUUAAGUGGCGGAAAAUCAAACUGUUUUCAUAAGCAUGUAAUUGUCAAAUAAAUUAAAAGGAUUUUCCGAAUCAUCCAUAAAAAUAGAAGAUAGCCUACAGAGGGACUUAAAUGUAAAACACCUAAGAGGUAAUUUAAAUUUAGUUAUCUCGUAAUUAAAAGCUACCUAUCAUCUCAUCAGAGCGAUAAAAUUUGUGGUAGUGUGUGUCGCGUUUCAAAGUCGAGAUAAAUAGUCAUGGCUAUUUCAAUCUGCUUUCUUUGAUAAUCCACCUGCGGACCAGGACAUAUAUUAUGUACAUGCCUCUGACACCUUAAAUUGGCUAUAAAUAUAGCAGAAUCCAAAGUAUUGUUGUCUUCUUUAAUAACAGAUUUCGGUGUCAAGAGUAGUUUUGCUUAUUUUUUUUGAACUACAACAAAAGCACCUUGAUGAAAAAGAGUUUAGUCUCCAAAUAAUCAACUUUACCAAUACCUAAUUAUAGAGUGAUCUACUAUUUUUUCAAUUUUAUCAUUUGUUUUGUUAUGAUAUUUACAUUUUUAUUUCUGCAAUUAUUAUAGAAUUAUUAUUAUUAUUAUUAUUAUUAUUACAAUUGAAAUUUUUUAUUGUUUAUCUGAGUUUCUACUGUAAUGUAAAUGCCACGUGCAGACGUGCUUCACAACUGAACAAGGCUUUAUACAGAAUUGGUUAGGAAACAAUGCACAAUCAAAGUUAACUAUGGUACCUAGCUAUAACGAAGGUUCUGAGAAAAUAUAGUGUUCCAAUGAAAUGAGAGAUCUUAGCAGAUUCGUCAUGUAAAUAGCGCGAUGCAUUUCUCUUAUAAUGAAUAAAUUAUCUCCCUUAAUUGAUAUACCUGAUUCGUUUUCAGAUAUCUUAUAUGAAGAUUAGUAUUAGACAGAAAGUCUUAAAGCCUCAUUAAAUGCUAACUGUUGGAGAUUAGUGUUGCUUGACUUUGCAGUCACAUUUUUUCCUUGAUUUUAGAUAAGCAAAGAUACAUCUUUUUUACUUAAAGAAGAUUAUUUUGGGGGAACAAAUAGCAUCAGACGAAAAAUGUUUGCUUGUAGUAUAUUGAGUGCUAAUUGAUAAGUAAACAUUUUGUCGGUUUCAAAAACAGAUUUGGAGUGUUCUUGUAACAUUUUUUGUAAGCAGAAAUAAGAAUGGAAAUUUUGUGGUUUUAAAUGGACUUAAGGACAGUGCCCACUAUUGUUACUGCGCACAUUUUCUGCGCAUGCCAAGGUAGUCGCGCGCGACGCGAAAGAAAUGCGCAACACGCAGGAUACGUGGACUGGUUUUGUCUCCGCCAAGUCUGGAAGGUUCUAGUUAUUUCUUGAGGAAAAGAUGUGUCGUUUUUCAACAGGUGAAAAAUAAUUUUUAUUUACCUUGUCAGUUCUUUGAAAACCCAUGAAGUAUGCGCAUGUUGCUAUUUCCCCUUUAUGGUCGAUCUUACCAAACAUUUUAUAGUCAAACAAAAGUCAAUUCUAAAACAUCAAAAGUUAUUGCUUCGAGAUGUUACGCUUGGAGCUUGGGUAUUAAACAAUCCCUUAAUAGGUAAGGAUCAGUAAAUCAGAAGGAAAAUAGCUCUAAGUCCUCCGCUUAAUCGAGAAACUGCAAGCUUACCUUUCACUCAGGUCCUUCGCGUUUUAUCGGCUAAUCGGCUAUAAACACUUUCCCGAAUAUUUCUUUAAUUUUGUAAGAUUUUAUGUAAUUAUUCAGCAGAAGAUAGACUUAAAGCGUUCGAGUACAUACUGAUGUCCGUUUUAUUGAGAGUCCGAGGCUUUUAUUUGUCGAACAAACAAGAAAAACUAUCACAAGAUUGCUUGGAUUGUUGAGAUCGCAGCUUCACAAAUAGUUGCGGACCGCAAAGGAAACGCUUUCAUCGCGGAGAAAAUCGUAGAAAAUUGUUACGCUUUUUAGUAUUAUCAUUGUUAUUUAAGCAUUUUGGCAGUACUAAGCAUUAAAAUUAUUGACUCAUGGGCAGCUUGUCGUGUAGAUAGUAUUUCUUAAGGUUCAAUUUCACGCCAGACAUAAUCUGGACAUUUAGACAUAGCUGCCAUUUGGCUGUUUACGAACUAAAGAUGGAAGGUAAAUAAAGUAUUUCCAUUCUAAGACUUUCUUAGGUUUAACAGACACUGUUAAGCCUAAAAUUAACAUUUAGGAACCAAAAAUAGUGAAUGAACAUGACACAGAAUGCUACAGUAAAAAAAUCACAACGAAAUAUAUAAAAUGAUCAUUAUAGCCCAGUGCAUUAUGACGGUACAUAAACGCAUUCGGUACAACUACUUUCGCAGUAUUCAGCUUUUUUAAAAGAGAGCUCAUGAUCAUGUAUGGAACUUGAGUCUAUAUAUGCAAAUAAUUUAUGUGAUAUGAAACUUGUGGCAAAGCCCGAAAGAGAUAGCGCAAAGCACAGACAUAAGCUCAUUGAAUGCAUGCACGGUUUAAUAACAUAUUCGAUUGAGGUACCCGGUAAAAUGAUAAAAAACGAUAGAAGGUUUACAAUCCAUAUUACAUCUACAGUUAAAAAAAUCUUGAGGACAUGUACAGGUAAGCAAACGAUUGAAGGAGUACCUGUCUAAGAGUCUCUGUCGACUAUUUUCCACUACAGUACAGUAGUUUGUUUACAGCGCCAGCGUUGCAUCUUGAGCUCGACAUACUACUCUAUGUGCGCUGGAAGUAAUCUUUAAUUCCUUCGAGAUUGCUCUUUUCCAAAAAUUUUAGUUAAAUUUUUGAGACGGAGAAGCUCCAGUUGAAUGAAAUAGCAUAUUUGUUUUCCUUAUGGUCCAUGAAAUGUCCUGCUUCACUUUCUGUUUUUGCUCUCUUUCGUGGGUUGUUGUUCUCUGACUGUCGGCCAUUGUGGAUAUCCCAGAGUACUCCGCGUUGAGUGAAGCAAUAGUGAAACUGACCAGGGAGGGGAUAGGAAAAAUUGUAAAUAGCCCCCAAAACGAUUAAGUUAAGGCCGAAACCAACCAAUUUAACUUCUAAAAACGCGUGGUAACCCCUAUUUUUUAUCUUACCAAAUGAAAGUAAUAAGCCUACUCAGCAAACGAUCAAUUUUUGGUUCGGGGAAAAUGUCGUUUACACUAUUUUUAAGGCAAACGCGUGGAGAGGGGUAACUGCUGACAACUUCCCAGUUGUGCUGAUAUUUCAAAAAAAGGCGUAUAAAGAGCAGUUGUUAUGUUAUCAUUUGUUGCUUAUUUUGAAACCUUGUUGCAAUUAUCAUUGCAUUUGUGCCAGUUCACGUGUACACUCCGAAAUUUUGGGAAAAAUAACUUUUUAUCAUUUUUCUAAAAAAUGCCUAUUCAGCGUUUUUCUCCAUAUUGAAGCGCAGUUAUCUCUGAAAAAUGCGUGGUUACCCCCAGUUUUCUUUUUGGAUUUCAAUAGCCCCUGACAUGAUCUACUUGUCUCACAUAGUCAUUAUCUGGGAAAAAAAUACUUCCCAUUAGUGGGCACCGUCCUUAAGUGCCUUCGUUUGCUCUUCAUAUUGAGUGAUAGAUUGUCAUACCUGUACCUAUUAACAGGGAAGCAAUACUUGUUAACAAUUAGUCCAUGCAAUUUUCGUCAGAAAUUAUCGAGAAUCGAGAAUCAUAUUUGAUCUCAAUAGAAGAUGGCGGCUAUUCCUGUGUUAGCGUGUAAACUAUUUAUGUGUAAUCGAUCUAAUAAUGACGAUUUCUUACCUUACACUCUCAUUUCAUACAUUACGUUUAUGUUGCCUCAAAUGUUUUUCCAAUGUGCAGCAAUUCAUUUUCUUGCCUUUUAGAUGUACGAACCAUGCUUGAUUAUAUCAGGGUUCUAUUCAGUUUUUGUAGUUAUCUCAGUUAACUCUUUCUUUCAAUCAAAAGUGUGGCUAAGCAUAACUCCUGGUUUUAUAACUGAUGUGGAAGCCGCCCGAUGAAUGAUUGUCACAUUUUCGGUGAGGAACUGGGGCUAGCAUAAGUCGAGACUCGCGUUCCACCGCAGUCAAACGUCUAAGGCUGCUUGUUUUUGUUUGUUUGUUUCAGUUUCAUUCGACCUCUUUUACCAGUUAGUUUAAAUAUGGACAAUUAAUUCGCUAACGUAACUAUCGUUUCAUUUUUCUGAGUACUUUGACUUUUUUCGUUUUUAAACGCAGGUGACACUACACUAUGGCUUCGGUUGCCAAAAACUAAAAACUGUUUUUUAGUAUACUUAAAAAAGUCUAGUAAACUAACAGGGUAUUGAUAAUAGCUUAAACUUUCAAAGCUAAAGAAGCAAAAAACAGCCAAAGUACAAACCUUGGCUUUGAACCUUACUUAUUUGAGCUUUUGCAAAUUUCUCUCUCAGUUUGACCCCGGUGAAGACCCCGCGUGGAGUGACUUUUUCAUUUGUCGCCCCUUUAGUCGUGACUGAAAAGUACUUACAAGUUAGUGCUGACAGCGUGAUUAUUGUUUUCACACAACAUUUUACGAUUUAACAGUAUGCUUAAUUAUUUUUGAUGGUAAUAUUAUUGAGAAGUUUACUUUUAACGUUUAAUUAAGACUUUACGGAUCGGAAAUUCGUACUGUCUAAAGUAGGUAAAUGGUACAGCCAAAUUGACUUGCCAAGAGAAACUUCUGGAAGCAAUGGGACAUCUAAAAAUAAAAAUCUUAAAGAUUUUUUUCACACAGAUCUAGACUACAAAUGGGUUAAUUUAUCUUUCUUAAAGUUAUUUUACACGCUGUGAAUUCACUGAAUUAAGGACUACAAGGUAUUAAAUUAGUUGUCUAUGAGCUUACUUACUUGCCGUAAGUGCUUCAAGAUAAACCAUCAGUGAAUUUCUUUAAAGCACUUGCCUAAACUCAAUCAGUUUUUUUUUCAGACGAGGUUUGUGUUUUUUUUUCUGACGAGAAAGCAAAUCUCAGAUCUACCAGCCAUUGGCAAUCAAACACACCCUAGUAGAUAAACUAGCCUGAUCAGUAGUCAAGGGCAAAUUUACCCUGAAAUAAGACUUGGAGCAGACCGCGUAUUUCCUAUGCCAAACUGGUAGAAUGGAUAGGUUUUGAAUUAAUAUGCUUUUUCAAGGUUUUUCGGGUCAGUCUGGGUGAUGUCCGUCUUAAUUAAAAGCCUGGUAAGCAUAGUUUAUAGAAAACCGUGGGAGACCUGGAUAAACUUCAACGACAGUAAAUCAAGUUGAGUAAUUUAAUGCUGUAAAAUUUUGUUAAUAUCUUUUAAAGCAAUGCGGUAAAAUGCAAAACUGAGUUUGAACCAAAGAUUUAGUCCGAAGCUUUUCACUCAGAGCAAAUCGCUUGUUGAAUAAUAGCAAGAAACAAGGGAUGAAAAUUCAAAUGGGACAUAUUUUUAACGGUUUACUUACUAGCUCUGCUACAUUCUGUAGUUCAGUGCUUCAAGGGAUUUAAUUCGACAUUCCAGGGUUAGAUUGAAUGUGAUUCUUGAGAUAGGUACGCUUACGCAAUAAUCAGUGGAACAUUUCCCUACUAAGUAUAUUCCGUUUUGUUAAGUCACGUUCAAAAGAGAAUAUUACAGGUAAUGAAUAUUCUUAUUUGCUGCUGACAGGUAAUGAGGGGCGUUACAAAAGCAACAAAUAAAUUUUCAUAUCGUGUUAGUUAUUUAAAUACUGUAUUUGGGCCAUGCGAUGAAAGCAGCUGCUACUGACAUCAGAUUUUUCGUCAAGCGAUAAAACAGCGAGGCAGUUUGUUUACAACGGUCAAGGAAUAGUCUGAUGCCCAAGCUGAGCGUUGCAUUGCUCACGUGUUUAAUGUCAUGUUUUAACGCCUCGAAGGGAGAAGAUUAAAAAAAUGAAUCGCUUCAUUCGGUACCGAUAGCUAAUGAGGGUCUUACAAAACAGAAUUCCAAGUAAGAAAAUGUUAAUACCUUUUUCAUUAUUUUAACACCAUAUCUAGGCACGAAAUGAAGAAAAGGAUGUGUUAAGAAGCGAAGAAAAUUUUUUGCAGAAGCAAAUUUCAAAACUUUUGGUGCUUAUUUUAGGUUCGAAGUGCAAGGCUAAGUUAGAUAGAGAGUUGUUAACGCGGGACAACCUUCACACUUAACUUGCUUAGGCGGCUUCUUUUGAACUAUGCACAACAAAACAGUAAUUAAAAAAUCAGGAUAGCUGGUAUUCAGCCGGCCGCUCAAGUCCAAUUGUAUUAUUAUCAUGAUUCUUUUUACUCAGCUGCUUUUCGCAGCCUCGGCCGAAUCAGCCGUAAAAUAGUUCAGCUUGAUGAGAUCAAUGGUUAAUUUCACCGAAAAAGAUUAUUUAAAACGUUAAUUUUUUUUCAGUUAUCUCAAUGGAUUGUAAUGCGUAAUGGUUAAAUUACCGUAGUUUAAUCGUAGAUUCCUCACAGUCUCCCAUGUUGGAGGGCCAUGAAUUUCUUAGCUCCCAGCUUUCUUUAGCAAAAAAUGGCAUUAGAAGGUAACGAACAAAGAUAUUAUCUUUAUCAUUAGCAUUCUUUUCUCUUGUUAUUAGAACAUCUUGCUUAUCUUUAAAAGUAAAAUGGUUUUACAGAAAAAAAAUUCAAAUAGGUCGAAAUUCUUCUUGUUGGGGCAUAUUUUCACAUGGACUUUUUACGCCAAGACACUGGAAAACAGGCUGCGCUGCAAUCGAUUCAUUAAUCAAAUUCCUUCAUUAUGAUUUGGACUUCGAUGUUCAAUUCGACAAAAACUAAAAAAAGAAUUAGAAAUAAGUGCAACUUAACUAAAAACCCAAGGGAAUAUGAAUAUGAUAUGCUGCUAUGAAAUGUAGGGCCGGGAAGUCCCGUCCCUUGAGUUUGCUGCCCAAUAGCUAAUGCACUUUGGUUUUGUAACUUAAUCAACAACUGCAGGAUCUCAAUUUUCCGGCUAUUUUCUACAUUCCGCUCGGGCAGCAUAGAUUUCUCCCAUCAGAAAUAUUAAGAAAUUUUAACUAGACCAUGCGUGGAAUAGUUUUAACCGCCAACCAAUCACAUUUCUUUAUCUUACAUAUCAUGUUUUGUCCAGUCAGUAUGGAGAAAUUAUUUUCCUGAAAAAGUUAUUAUCCUCUACAGCAAAAUUAAUCAAACUCCUUAACGGUAGCUAGCAAAGGGCUCCGGUUUGAUUUCAAAUCCAUGAUAAAAAACUCUAAGCGGAACUGCGUGAGGCCAAAAAAGAAGAAACCUUGUUUAAAUUUGCCUUCAGGGAGUGGUUUGGCCGCCAAGGCGACACACGUUACUUAGUUCUUUAUUCAUGCACCGAAACAGAAUUAACUCUGCGAUUCUUAGUAUAAUUCUAAGAUGUGUAAGGGCACGUAAGAAAUAAACUGGAGAGAAAUUAUAUGGUGGGUGUAUUUCGCGGUGUAAAUUAUUGUAUUUUUUGUGUAGAUUCGAGUUUCAUGGUAAUAUUUUAAGAAUCAAUCAACAGAGAACUAAAAAUAGCAUAGAGAAAAGGGAAAAUGAUGUCUCCAUCGUCAAGCUGCUGAACAACGGAUAAUGACUAACAAUUUUUUUCCUGCUCUUAGAGAAAAUUGCUAAACUUUUUUCUAACUGCGCAGCUUAUUUUCAGAUAAUAUUUAUUUGUUUCUAUUUCCAGCAGGUAAUAAGCUGAUAACGACGGAGCUCAAGUGUCGACAGGUGCAUAAAUCAAUAUUAAUAUGAACUGAUUUUAUUCGAAUUCCCAGCUUCAUGUUAAUGAUAUUAGACUCCUUUACCUCCAGUGGAUUAAACGUGCAAAUUGAGCGGUGAUAGAAUCUGUUCCGUAGUACAUUAAAUAUUCUCUCUUAAAUGAUAGGUUAAUGAAGACAGAGAACUUCUUUCAAUUGAUGCUAGAUUAGUAGAUUGACAAUACCAGACUAUUUGGGUGUUUUCAGUCGGAUUUUGCACGCAAGGGCUUAGCAAAGGUUGGUUAAAAGAACUCCUCUGAUUUUUCAAGUUUUCAAAUUUGCAUGGCAGCUUUUAUAUCAUUCACGUACGGUUUAUAAUAAGAGAAUGACAGAGUGGUAUGAUAAUAUAAAGAAAAGAAAAGCUGCUAGUCAUCAAUAAUUCACACUUUUUGGUUUUGUAGGUAAAAUCAAGCUAAACUUCUUCUAAUUUACCCGCCAUCUUGUCUGUCUUUCACCUGCAUUCAAGCACAGAAGUUCAAGCUGGCAAAAGAAAAGCACUUUGAAGUGGUGAUGCAUCUUACAUUUAUCUUCGUGAACACAUUGAUCUUCCUGAUUUAUCCAGGUAACACAGAAAACGCAGUUUCUUUGAAGACGUGUUAUUUUGAAGUGCAUUUAGAUGUUGUGUUUAUGACUUUCUAUUAGAUUAUCCUUUAUACGUUAGAAAUUAGCGUUGAGUUUAUAGUAGCUUUCGUUGACAAGGUUUAACUUAAUUGAUUUGGCAAGAGAAAUAAGUUUUCUUGAAAUAGGANGUAGUACAUUAAAUAUUCUCUCUUAAAUGAUAGGUUAAUGAAGACAGAGAACUUCUUUCAAUUGAUGCUAGAUUAGUAGAUUGACAAUACCAGACUAUUUGGGUGUUUUCAGUCGGAUUUUGCACGCAAGGGCUUAGCAAAGGUUGGUUAAAAGAACUCCUCUGAUUUUUCAAGUUUUCAAAUUUGCAUGGCAGCUUUUAUAUCAUUCACGUACGGUUUAUAAUAAGAGAAUGACAGAGUGGUAUGAUAAUAUAAAGAAAAGAAAAGCUGCUAGUCAUCAAUAAUUCACACUUUUUGGUUUUGUAGGUAAAAUCAAGCUAAACUUCUUCUAAUUUACCCGCCAUCUUGUCUGUCUUUCACCUGCAUUCAAGCACAGAAGUUCAAGCUGGCAAAAGAAAAGCACUUUGAAGUGGUGAUGCAUCUUACAUUUAUCUUCGUGAACACAUUGAUCUUCCUGAUUUAUCCAGGUAACACAGAAAACGCAGUUUCUUUGAAGACGUGUUAUUUUGAAGUGCAUUUAGAUGUUGUGUUUAUGACUUUCUAUUAGAUUAUCCUUUAUACGUUAGAAAUUAGCGUUGAGUUUAUAGUAGCUUUCGUUGACAAGGUUUAACUUAAUUGAUUUGGCAAGAGAAAUAAGUUUUCUUGAAAUAGGACGACCGAACCUUCUGCUUUUCUACUAUUUGUCAUCUCGAUGUGUCUGUAAUAUCACCACAAGUAUGCAAAUUACGCAAAAUAUUUUCUUUACGGCUACGAAAAAACAUCUUUAUUGAUUUCUGAGCAUUUUUAAGAAAACUUUCAGCUUUUAUCGUGUAGCUUUACUGAGACGAAAAUAACAGAAAACCCUUGCCUUGCGAAUGAGAGCACUUGGCAUGAGAUACAUAUUCGAAAGCUGCCUGACUGUUAAGCUUUCAAAUGAUGUUCUAAAAUUUAAUCUCAAUAUCUAAGUUCAUUGCGAUUGUAAAAGUUACUACAUUUAAUUGAGAAGUUUGAACAAGAUUCUGUUCCACGAGCCAUGUGAAAUCUCUGUUACUCAUUUCUGUUAUGCUAAGAGUGAGUUAGGGGGUAACAAGCAAGAAAAGUCACUCUUUUAGCUUAGUUAAGCAGUAUUUUACUGAAGGGAUCACAAGCAGCUUCGGUAAACUUUAUUAACGCAAAUCAAAGAAAAAAAGUAAAAAUUUUGAUCGACCAGAUAUGAUUUUGUUUUAUAAGACAAUGUAUUGGCGGUAUUAAUGAUUUAAUUUCGUAGUUCGUAUAUCUGGGAAUCAGAAUCAGAGAUAAUCUCCCAUUGGCUGAAAUUUGCUCGCAGUUGCAUGAAGAAAAUUAAAAAUUCUAUUAGACACGAGAAGACAGAAAUUUAGGUAAGGUGGUUUGUACUUUUUAAUUUUUUAUUUGAAAGGUAAAGCAAUUAAAAAUAGAAAUUUUGGACAAAUGGAAAGGGAAUUCAAUUGUGCUUUGAGAAUGUAGUUGAAAAUCGAUAACUGUUAUUUUUCGUUCGGUAGGGGGUCAAAUUGGUUAAUGAAAAUUCCUGCUGUUUUUAAACUUUUCUUUCAAGAAGCAAUUCAUGCAAACCAUUGAUAUUCCGGUAACAAAGCAAACUUUGACAUUCUUUCUUUGGAAAAGUAAUUUGUUUAAUUUUUAAGCUGUUUCAGAAGAUUGAUUAUUUUUCUUGAUGGAUUGAAAUUUGUGCAAACAUCUAUUCUGAUGGAUGAUUGCAUCCCAGCAAAAACAGUGUGUCGCCGUCUAUAAUUUGACAAUAUGCAGGUGGCGAACCGAUUUUCACUUAAAAACAACAAGGGAAACCCUGGCUUAUUUAUGUUUCAAGUUUCAUUACUGAGAAUCGAAGAUGCUGGCGAUCAUAAGAUCGUUAUUACUAGCAGAUCAGUUCUGUUUAUGGAAUGUCAGCAAACUUAGUGUUUUUGUUAUAAAAUUUCAUUUUUUUGUCGGAUGCAAUAUGAAAAGAUAUUUACUCUCCUUUCGGAAAAGUUAUUUUGCGCUACUUUAAAAUAAUCAUUUUACUAGACGCAAUUCUUUUUUAAAAUAGAAGUCAAAAUAAGGUAAAUAAGUAACAGAGAAAUCAGGGGCGGAUCAAGGAAUUUUUUUAGGAGGGGGUGCACUCGUCUCUUGCUCUACUUCAACACCAAUAAACCACAUAGUUUUUUUUUGCAGAAUACCAGUUGUAUUAGAAAACCGCAGGUCAUCUCGGUUGGGGGGGGGGGGGUGGUGCGCACCCCCUGCACCCUCCCCCUAGUUCCGCCCCUGGAUUUGUCUGUCGCAUUGACCGUACAUUGUCCUGUAAACCGCUCAAUUGUUGGUUUUGUUUGAUUCUUUUUGAAAGCCAAUUGUACUUCUCUAAAAAUCAUUUUUCUGUGCCCGGCAACCAUUUCAAUUCACUUAAAAAGUUGACAUGUCGCAGUUGGUAUACUGUCGACUGUAAUGAUUAUUUACGCUACUGGGGAAAUUUUUCAAAUUACUCAAAUUACCUCGCGGGAGUGUGGCAUGUUUCCGUUUAAUUUUUUGUUUUAGUCUAUUUUUCAUUUGAAACGAGACCACCCAGUUUUUACUUUACCUCAGUCAAGGCAUUGAUCGUGAGCUCAUAAAUUUCUUAGUUUUUGAAAAAGAAAUGGAGAAAUGGAGAGCUUAUAUAUGGCAGUAUGGCACAAUUCAAUUAUGUAACUAUUUAAUUGGUACGUACAUGUACAGAGUUCCACGAAGGCACCAACAUGGCGCGGUCUCCAUAUUGAUGCCUGUAUUAUGGAACUACUUUUUGAAAAAUAACUCAUGUAAAAGAAAUCAUAUAAAACUGAGACUUGGAAAGUAUUUUAACAUAUUAAAAUUCUGUUACCGUAUCAUUUUAGAUUUCCUCGCCUUUUUGGUGUUUUGUUAUUAAAUGUAGCUGUGAAAAAAAGCAAUAAUUGGUUCAAAAAGUACAAAGGCAACUUUUUCUCGAAAAACUCUUCGUGGCCUUCAUUUUCACGGUCUUCUGAUAUGAUUAAUAAGCAAGAUGCCGAUUUUGAAGUUGCGACACGGAUUGGAGCAUGACGCAACAUGGAACCAUACGACGUCAUAUUUAUAACGCCAACUUAGCGUUGAUUAUUAGACAUUUUUGAUGCACUAUUGGCACACUAAAGCCUCCCAAUUUCAGUCUAACCUGAAUGCAGUCACGAUAUAUUAAUCGUUACUUUGAAACGUAAAAAGAAGGAGAAUUGGUGUUCAUUAAAUAUUAAAUAUCUACGCUAAAUAUUACCUCCACCAAUAGGUGUUUUCUAAUAAGUUGUUGUUGUACUGAUCAAUUUACAGCCAAAGGACUAUCUGACGUGGCUUUUAACGCCAGUGUAAUUAGUGAACCUAUCACCAAUACUACUGUCAGUGAUGGUAAGCCCAAUUUUUUUCUAAAAUUGUUAUUUAGUGUUGGUGUUUUUUGUGUGACAUACGUAUUUCAUCUAUUCCAAUUCCCAAAUAUUCCUGCGUUUUCAAAAAAGUUGAAUAAUUGACUCUCGAAACUAUCUUAAUAUUAUAAACAAUGCCAUAGCGUUGUAACUGAUUUUCGCCUUCAAAUUGUGUCCAAGUUGCAGACGCGACGUUGGUGCAAGACGAUGAUGAUGAACUCCGGUUGGUUAGGGAUCUUUUCGAACACUACGACAUAAACGUGCGUCCUACGGUUGAGAAGGACUUGCCGAUUGUAGUCAAAUUUGGGAUUGCUUACACCCAGAUUGUCGAUUUGGUAAUUUGAUUUGUAUUAUUUGCCUCUUUUAAAUAAUAUAUUUGUGGUUUGAUUCGUCUAUUUUAGCCCACUGUAACCGUCCAAGAUUUCCCUAAAGACACCUGAGCUAUACUUAAUGAUGUUUAACAAAUCGAUUUUCUAUGGUCUACACAGACUCUUAUAGACCAUAGAAAUGACGUUAUUAAAUUUUCAAAACUCAAGUGGAACCACGAGCCGCAGGCGAGUGGUUUCACUGCAAAGUUUUGAACAUUUCAUGGCGUCAUUUCUAUGGUCUAUAAGAGUGUAGUCAUGGAAAAUUGUGGUCGAUUUGUUUUUUACAACAACAUUUAUUUUUCUACGAAAAACCAAAAAUCAACAUUCCAUUUUCUUAGUCAAGCAAUUACUAAGAGGGUAUUAUUAUUAAGCGUUGUACAUAAUGAACUCGCAUUAUUAUCUAGUUGGUUUCUCGGCCCUUAUAACGUUGAACGUGAGACCUCUACCAGAUCCUUUUUCUAUGUUUGCUGUAUUUAUUCCCUUUUAUUUUUCUGCUAGUCAGGGUAGCGUUUUUUGCCCAUAACGUGGUAAAGUACUAUCUCGUGUGCUUCAUUUCAUAGAUCGAAAAAGACCAAGUCCUUGUAAGCAAUAUCUGGGUCAGAAUGGUGAGUAACAUAUAUUUAUAUGCUGCUAAAGUGUACACUGCAAGACCCGCGAUAUUUGGUGUUGCUGGACUGAAAAUAAUAUCGAAUUUCCCCUGGGUUUUUCCCUUAAUCUUUUUACAGUCCGCUUUGGUCCUCCUUUGCAAGCCACUGUCCAUGCUUCCACCUUAAUGGAAUUGCAGGUCUUUCAGUCUUUAAAAAAAUUAAAGAACACAGUCAAUUUCAACAAGAAAUGCUCAAAUGUAAUGAUAACAUUUCUUGAGUGUAACAGCUCCAUAUAAAAGGAUCCUUGUCAUUGUUUUUCUCUUUAUCUUAUCAGAGUUGGCACAACCAUCUAUUAAGGUGGAACUCCUCAGAGUAUGGUGGAAUCAAGACGAUUAACCUCAACCCGUUGAAAGUUUGGCGUCCUGACAUUGUCCUGCAUAACAAGUAGGCCAGUCAAGAACCAUUCUCUGAGACCCGGGAGCAGUCAGUCGAGUGGGGCUGGAGAAAAAACCCCUCUGUCAAAUUUACCGAACGAUUCAAGCUGCCUUUUUGCAGGAAUUUUCCUUGUUAAGGGUGCAUUCUGGUUGUUUCUUUGGGGAACUAAUAGGGUUGAUUUGAGAAGUAAAGAAAUUAGGGUAGAAUUGGUAUAAACAUAAACCAGUUAGUCAGCUAAUGAUCUCAGGGGCACCUUAUAGUGGUGGUGAAAUAUCUGGUAUUUUCCAUAAUUUUCAACUGACAUCCCCACACCAUUUCUUUUCAUUCAAAACAUUCUCACACAUUCAUUGAACCAAUAAUUACAACCUUAUGGGGGAGCCAUUUUUGAUUGAACUAUAUUGUGGCUAGGUUUGAAAGAAAAAGGGCAGAAAUAGUGAAAAACAAGGCUUUUGACCAGAAUCCACCCUUGAUAUUGAAAUCCGGAUCUUGUCGCUGAUGAGGAAGUUCAAAAAUACCUUUGCUUAGCGAUAUACGUUAAACUUUCCUUUUUAUAUGCUUUACAGUCGCUGAGGUGAUCAAAAUUUCUCAUCGCUCCUAGUGAAGAGGGCAUAUUGCUGCGGAAAUUCGAAUUUUGAAGUCGAUCAAAGCUAACAAGAAAAUGUAUUUUAAAUCUUCCCCGUGUUAAGUAUGGCUCAUUCCACCCGGCAGUUCUGUUCAUCAUAAAAUCGUUCAUGUUGUUGUGGUUAUUAAUUUUAGUGCUGAGGAGACACUUCCAAGCGGAAACCUUUAUAAUUUCAAAAACCGAAUCAUCCUGACAUCUGAUGGAGGAUGUACAUGGUACGCUCCCACAAUUCUUCGCAGUGGAUGCAACAUCGACAUAACCUACUUCCCUUUUGAUGAUCAGUUGUGUGAGUUAAAGUUCGGAUCUUGGACUUACAACGGUUUUGAAGUAAAUAUUGUGCAAAUGAGUGACAAGGCAGAUCUCAAGUUCUACAUGGAAAGCUCUGAGUUUCAGCUCAUAUCUGCAAAAGCUCAAAGAAACGUGAUGACAUACAGGUAAAUCCUUUCUUGUAAGUAGUGGAGAAUUUAAAAAAAAGUUCUUGAAGGCAUAGGGCGAAAAUUACCCUCCUUUCUUUAUUUAAUGUAAAAGAGUAGUUUUAGUUGUAAGCGGACAGAGCUUAACUUUGACUUUUAGACAUCACAAGGACAAGACAAGAAAAAGUUGCGUAACGAUAAAUGGUUUAUUUGCCAUUUUUUUGUAACCCAUAAGUGCUGUCAAAUAACUGCUAUUACUGCUUGAAGGCAGGUUACCCGAGUAAUGCCUAUAAACUUUGGGCCGGUUUUUCAGUUUUGUUAACUUUGUUAUUAAUAUAUCUAUCAAACUGUGCUUAUCGCAAAGAAUGUCACGAAAGACUGCAGCCCAGGUUAGGACAACAGUCACCUCCUCAUAUAUAUUUAUUUAAAAAAAUUAACAUUUGUACUUACAUUUAAACUUACAUUUACAAAACGUAUUUUAUUAAACCUUGGUCUAGUUUACUCGGGCUCUCAGGUGGGGAGGGAGGGGUUCUCCUUAUAAUGGCCACAACGGGCAGGCCCCACCCGAAAAGGGCUCCUUAUUCAGGCCUCAGUGUAUUUGAAAGAAUUGGGAUCUUAAGAGUUGAAGUAUUUGAAAGGUUAAGAAACAAAGUCUGUUCGGCGAUUCUUCAUGGACGCACCAGUCCAAGGGUUUAGAAAGGGAAAGCAGUGUUUUUACGUAACUAUGUACGUGAACGGGGUACCAUAAGGUGAUGGGUUGGACCUCGAGGCGGAGCUUUCCCGUAUAAACCUUUGUUAAGUAUCUUUCUCGGGCUUUCUCUUUGGUUAAACAGCAGGCCCUCUUGCUGAUUGCAUGCAUCCAAAAUGAAACGGAAUUUGUAGUCGACUGUUAGAAAAAACUGUCUCAGUGAUAAUAAAUUACAAAACACAACCCCUUACUUACAAAACAACGACAGUUCAUACUUUUCCUUUAUAAAUUUGCACUAAUGUAUACUGCUUCGGUCUUAGGUAUGAUCUCUGCACUAUAAGGAAUUGUUGUUACUAAUAUAUUUCGAAUUUGUUCAAUCUUGCAAAGAAGUGUUUGAUAGUUGAUUUAUUUUUGAAUUUUUCUCAGUUGAUUCUUUGCUUGUAUUACUUUAUUGUCAAACACAGCUGCACUGGCACAUAAAUAGAAGCAUUUUACAAUAUAAUGUUUUGAAUCAUUUUGAAAGUUUAUAACAAGGGUUAAACUAAACAGAGUCACUGCACGUGGAUUCCUCGACACAGCACCGUGAAUUGCACACUGCACAGGGCAUGCAAAUGAACGGUAACGUAUAUGUUCUAUUACAUACAGCUGUUGCCCGGAGCCGUACCCUGACGUCACAUUCAAUCUUCAUCUUCGCCGAAAACCGGGGUUUUUUCUCUACAAUAUCAUCAUUCCUUGCUUAGUAAUAGCAGCACUAGCAGUGCUGACGUUUGUGCUGCCACCAGAGAUUGGCGAGCGAGUGACGUUGGUGAUCGAAUCAUUCCUUGCGCUGUCAUUUGUGGUGCUGAUGGUGUCGGAUAGCGUUCCUGUAACCUCCGACAGCUCGCCUCUUCUUACAAAAUUCUUGCUUAUUUCCAUGGUGGAAAUUGGAUGCGCACUUAUUUCAAACUGCAUCUCGCUGAAUCUCUACAGAAAGUAUCCGAUGCCACAGUGGGUGCGCGUGGUUUUUCUUCACUAUUUGGCCCGCUGCUUGUGCAUCAAAACAGGACACCCAAGAGAUAACAUAAACACUAAAAAACGUAAAGGAGGACUCACUGAUCCACUGGUCGAAGCCAGAAAGCUCUCAGGGGCAAAACUGCUGGGCUCCCCCACAGGAUCUGCAGUAAAAAAUUGCGUCAUCCCACAUCGAGCCAAUCAAGACACAACAACCUUGUUGACAGAGGGACUAUCGGAGCUAGCACAGUUUGAGAUAAAUAAAGAUGAACACCAGGCGAAUCGCCAUUUUUGGAUCUUUGUGUCGCGGGUUGUUGAUCGCCUGUUGCUGUUGUUAUUUUCCAUAGCAUUUGUAUUUUCAUCUUGCGUCAUAUUUGCUCAAGUGCCAGAUCAUUACAAUUUACUCAUAUAAAAUUAUCGUGUGAGUUCUACCAAAGCAAUAACAUGGAGAUCGUGAUUGGAUCUGUAGUACAACUGUCCCCCCGGAAAGGAGGAGUGUAGAUAUUAAUGUUCUCUUUAAGGCCACUGAAAGCCCUUAAUGUCCAGCUUUAGAUAACAUUCUCUGUUUGGCUAGAACAGUCUGAAAGAUAAGAAAUUGGCAAAUUACUGAUGUAAUUUGUUUACGAGUGACUAUAUUGUGUACAGCGCAAUUCAUGGACAUAAACUUCAGAAUUUCAGUGUUAAAACGAGUGAAGUGUGCAUGGGGUGUAUUCCACGACUACGCACAAUUUCAAAAGUCUGAAUUGUUGAAAUGUAAUGUAAAAACCCCUUUAUUUCUUAAAGGAAAAUAACCUUUCAUCGACUUUGUGCAGUUCGACUUUCUUGGAUUGACUUUCAAUCCUUUCCAUUACUAGUAAAAUAUGAAAAGUUGACGUACUAUUCUUGUUAAUACAGUACUGAUAGAUAUAAAUUGUGACCCAAAUUACAUUCAGUGUUGGGCGUGUUUACUUAGCUAGAGUGCUUGGUAGAUAUUUUUUCUAAGCAACGUUACGACUACUGGAAAUGCGGUCGAAAACGUGUCGUGGGUAUCUUGUUUAAACUCUCUUACAGCUAAAAGGUUACACACAAAAAAAAUGGGGAAAAAGAGAAACAGAAAAGAAAGGCAAGGUAUAUAAUGAAUGACAAAUAUUUGAGACAAAUAUUUAAAACUUGAGUACAGAUAUUGGAAAACAUUUUUUUUUUUAAAUUAUUAGUCAAGAAUAAAUAGAAACGAUAUCAGGCCGCUGUGAAAUCUAGAGGUCAAGGACAAAUAAUUGAGAAGGUAUCAAAUAGUUUUCUCGGCGGUUAACUUUCUAAUUCUUUUCCCUUUUUCCGUUUGCUUGAUAGUCUGGGAUUUUAUAUUCCUUCAACUUACACAGACAAAUUAUGCUAAAUGUUUUCCCAAUCAAAUAAAUCAUAUUUCUUACAUGAAAGAGGCUUCAUUGUUAAUUCAACAGUGAAAGUUUGACGUAAUGCGUAUUCAGCUGUGUGGGGUUUAUUGAUUUUGUUAUACGAGUUUAAACCAUACGAUGUUGGACUCCCAAUACACCUUAUUAUCUCUUAAAGUGCAAUGCAUAACUCAUAAGUCAUAACAUAGUUAAAACCCCUCCUACCAUUGCAGCUGUUAUUCUGCCAAUGAAGUCUUCAGGAAUUUGUUUAGUAUUAAACUCGAAAGUAAAAUGAAAUUGCAAUCGAAAUGCAAAACACAGCUGGCGUCUUCGCAGCGGCUUUUCUCGAUAUUUCUGUUCUUGGUAAAUCAGUAUUAGACAGUCUAUAUUAUAUUAUUGAAAACUACUCAUCAUGCAACGGUAACUUUCAAGCUAUUUCAGUUGUAGUUCGAAGAGAAAUCUAAGGCUCUAUGACUACCCCUUUAAAAAAAAAAAUAAAGGUAUUCAGUCUUUACCUUGUUUGGGGUGAAAAGAUCACUGUUGUUUUGAUUUUGAUAUUUAUAAAAUGUUUGAACUUGAGUUUUUAAUAAUAAAUGUCUUUAAUAACUGAUAUGCACACUCCAAAAUGUUUGAAGUUAUUGGUCAGAGAAUUUUAUCAGCGAAUUUUUGAUCACUGUAUUUUUUCGCCACUUGUACCUUGAUGUGUUCAGUGUAUUCUUAUACUCAAUUUUCCGACUAAACAGAAGUCACUAACAACUGGGAAAAAGUCACACACCAGGCAAAACAUCGAGGCAAGACAAAUCAAUAAAUGAUAUUUUUUUAGAAAACAUUUUGCAAAAGGAAAGCUCCCUAAGUUCGGAAAUGAUCCAUAUGUAAUUCAGCUCACUAACGUCUGGUCCUUCGCACUUCCACUUUGACUUUUCCAUCGAGGUUAAGAGCUUUUAACUUGACUCCAUGAUUUUUCAGUAUCCAGUUUCCUAGUGUAUCAGGCGCCACCUUUCUUGAUAAUAUAUUUAAUGGCUGGUAUUCUUUACCACUUCCAAAAUUUUUUUAAAGAUAAUUAAAAUAUACAAAAUCCUAUAAUUCUUUCACCUCCAAAGUUUCUUUGUAAUUAGAAUAUAUCUGUUAAUGUUAAGUGACUGUAUGAUUUGUUUUAGCAAAAGAGAGAGAAUUUAUGAUAUGGUUACCAGAAAAAAAGAAAUUGAAGUGACCGUGCUUUUAAGGUCAGUUUUAGUGCUUUUGGUUUUCUUGAGACUUGCUAGAUUAAGUGACCAAGAAACAUGCUACAAAAACACGAGAAUGAAAGAAGGUGCUCAGAACCCUUAAUUUUCCCGCAAAAGAAAAAAAAAGUGAAUAAAGAAGCCAAACGGUUCUGAAGUCAAAAUUGGAAAACAGCGCGUGCAGGUCGAUUGCCAAAAUGAGUAAAAGUUGAAUCGUACAUAUUAGAGAAUUACUGUGACCUACGAGAUGAAGAGACUUCAGUUGAUAACAAGCAACAGAGACGGUCGACAAUAAAGGCUCUCGGAACUCUUACGUGCAACCUUAUUUAGCACAUAAAUGUGUUAAAGUCAACUUGAAAGAAGCGUGUGUAGAUAGGUGAUCAAACUUAAUAAAAUUUGUAGCUAUCUAUCAAAGUAUUACUGAGACGUACCAGAUGAAGUGACUGGAUAACAAGAUACAGAGACGGUCAACGAGUAAAGGCAAUCGAAACUUUUACAUUCAACUUCAUUUAGCACAUAAAUGUUUUAAACUCAAAUUGAAAGCAAAGCGUGCAGAUAGGUUAUUGGAAUAAAUAAAAGUUGUAGCUACAUGUUAAAGUACUACUAAGACGACUUACCAGAUGAAGUGACUGGAUAACAAGCUACAGACACCGUCAACGAUGAAGGUGCUCAAAAACUUUACACCGAAGUUUAUUACAUCGUGAACAUACGCACUGUUAACCAGGGCCGACACGACGUUGCAAACAGAAAGGCGACUUGUACAGGUAUGUUAUUGACUUGCGAUAACUUUGUAACAUGUAAUACUGACACUUUAGGAAUACUCGAGGAAGAGCUUAAACAAGACGACCUUUUUUAAGAACGAAAAAUUGAGUGACAUGUAGACGUGCGCACCUCUCGCGAUAGAUUUUUCUUUAUAUUGAAUAAAUAAUUUUUAUGAAUAGUUGAUUCUAAAAUUUUAUCAUACGGUGGCAUAAUUUGAUGCUUUCCAAUUAAAUGUAAGUUUUGAGGUUUUGUAAGUAAAGGACAGGGUAGGGAUGCAUGCUAGUGUUAACGAACCAGCCUAUGAAAACUCAGUCCUUCAACCUGCUGUUUUAUGAGAUCAUUACAAAUAAAAUUUGAAUGUUGAUUCCCUCAAUGAAACCAUUUGUUCAAUUAAGAUUUAGUUAUUCAACAAAUUGUCGUCUGGUUUCUCUAGCAAAGCCACUGGGAGCUGGACGCUAUGCAUUCAAUCAUCAGUAGCGACUCCCUAGCAUUCUCGGACAAAGCAACGCAUUGAAUGAAAUUUUUUUGCUCUCUUCAUUCUUACUGAGAUUUUGCGUAGCACGAAAAUAGUCGCUUUUAGUUGAUGAAACGGAAAAAAAAGGAGGGGGACGGAUAGGUAAAUUAUCGUACAAAGAACAAUUAUAGAGGUAAACCAAAAAAAAUCAAAUAAAUCAAAUCAAGUCCAGUCACUGGAUCAAAAAAUACAAGAACACUUUGAUUAUUUUUUCACAUAUCUUCUUUGUUUUUAAAUCUGAAAAACUGAACCAAAUUAAACCGAAAUCAAGUAAAGAAGCCAAAAGUAAACCUUUACACGAGAUAUUUGAGAAGUAGUAUGGCAAUUAAUUUCAAUAGCCCGUGCUAACAAAUCCAAAAUAGUAUAUAUUAUGGUUACUAGAUGACAUUCCUUUCUUGGUAUACUAACUGCCUCUUUUUCUUUUUUACUUUUCUCUCUUGUCUCUUGCUUUUAGCUGCUGUCCUGAGCCUUAUCCUGAUAUAACGUUCUAUAUCCGCAUGCGCCGUAUUCCUGGCUUUUUCCUCUUCAACAUCAUCAUUCCCUGCCUGGUCGUCACUUCUUUUUCUGUCUUCACUUUCGCUUUCCCACCGGAAUUCGGCGAGCGCGUGACUCUUGUCAUAGAAGCGUUCCUGACCAUCUCUAUCGUCAUCCUCAAUGUUGCCGGCAGUAUUCCAGUUACCUCAGAUGCUUCGCCCAUUAUUGUAAAGCUCUUGUUGGCCAACAUGUUUCAGAUAGGCUUUGCUCUCAUUGCCAACUGUGUUUCUUUAAAUAUGUACAAGAAGACAGAGAUGCCGCAGUGGGUUCGAGUGUUGUUUCUCCAUUACCUUGCGAGAAUGCUUUGUAUCGANAAAAAAAAUCAAAUAAAUCAAAUCAAGUCCAGUCACUGGAUCAAAAAAUACAAGAACACAUUGAUUAUUUUUUCACAUAUCUUCUUUGUUUUUAAAUCUGAAAAACUGAACCAAAUUAAACCGAAAUCAAGUAAAGAAGCCAAAAGUAAACCUUUACACGAGAUAUUUGAGAAGUAGUAUGGCAAUUAAUUUCAAUAGCCCGUGCUAACAAAUCCAAAAUAGUAUAUAUUAUGGUUACUAGAUGACAUUCCUUUCUUGGUAUACUAACUGCCUCUUUUUCUUUUUUACUUUUCUCUCUUGUCUCUUGCUUUUAGCUGCUGUCCUGAGCCUUAUCCUGAUAUAACGUUCUAUAUCCGCAUGCGCCGUAUUCCUGGCUUUUUCCUCUUCAACAUCAUCAUUCCCUGCCUGGUCGUCACUUCUUUUUCUGUCUUCACUUUCGCUUUCCCACCGGAAUUCGGCGAGCGCGUGACUCUUGUCAUAGAAGCGUUCCUGACCAUCUCUAUCGUCAUCCUCAAUGUUGCCGGCAGUAUUCCAGUUACCUCAGAUGCUUCGCCCAUUAUUGUAAAGCUCUUGUUGGCCAACAUGUUUCAGAUAGGCUUUGCUCUCAUUGCCAACUGUGUUUCUUUAAAUAUGUACAAGAAGACAGAGAUGCCGCAGUGGGUUCGAGUGUUGUUUCUCCAUUACCUUGCGAGAAUGCUUUGUAUCGACACUGGUUAUCCCAAAGCCGAUGUGAGGAAAACCAGACGAGUAGAUGUCAGGGUAAGAAAUAAAAAAUUUCUGAAUGAAGUUUGGGGUUUUGAGCAUGUUACCAGUUCGCUGAACAUCGGAAGAAAGGUCGAUUGCUACCGUAAAUUGUGUCAAGGUCUAGUCUCUGAGCAGUCGGAAUUUUUGUACAAAACUGAUGGGGUAGCACACAAGAAACGUGAGCCGAGAGGGACACCUGUUACCUGCUAAAUAGAGAGAAGGAGUGUGACGUCACGUUACCUUGGUAACAAAGUUUUUAAUUUGAUCCUAUGCUUAUCAGUUCAAUUUAAUCAUUUAAAUGAAAUGCCUGGAGGAUUGAACUUGCUCUCAAAUAGACUGAAUAAAUAUGUCCAUGAAUGGAUUAAACAUGUUUCCGUUUUUGGAUUGCAUAAAUAUUUCUGUCAGUGAUUGGAUUUAUUAGAUAUUUGGGUGAUUGGAUUGAACAAAUAUUUCAGAGAUUGGAUUCAAUAAAUAUUUCAGAGACUGGACUAAAUAAAUAUUUCGGUGAUUGUAUUGAAUGAAUAUUACAGAGAUUGGAUUGAAUGAAUAUUUUGUCAUGAUUAAAUUGAACGGAUAAACGUAGGAUUAAAUUAAAUGCUUUUUGGAUUCCUUAAACAUAUUUGGAAAAUCAAAUUAAAUGGCAUUAUGAUAAAAUGAUUGGAUUGAUUUAUUUAAUUUUACUACAAACGGCUUGCCUUACUAGGGAAGAGAGGUAGCCAGUUGGCCGAUCAGUAUUAAAUAGGUUACAGGUUAGCAAGAUAACUAAUUGAGAAGCACAAAUGCACACGCAAAAAGAAAAAAAGAAAGAGAAGAGGAAAAACGUAGCAGUCUAAAAUAGUUAGAUUUAUAUCUGAAUACAAAACGUUGAUAAAAGAAGAGCACACAAUAGUUAUGAAAACUAAUAACAAGUUAUAUAUUAAAUUAUAGAAGAAAAAUGUUAAGACUUGGAAAGGUGACAGAAUUUAACAAAAGACUAAUUUACAGGUAAUUUGGGAAACAACACAACUGCUAAUAAGAAUACAUGUAACUAAUAAUCUUUGACAAGAUCGUUUGUUACUGAUUUCUCGAAUUUUAAAAUAGAGAAGGUCUCCCCCAAAUUUGAGUUCCAUGCUUUGAGGCCCUUACUAAAUAUUAUGUUGAAUGUUCCAUAAUUUUUCAUUACUUUAGGUAAAGUAUAGGACUUAUUCGAGGCACUUCUUAUUUUAUAGUUAUGUCUUUUAUUGACUUGUGCGAAGAAAGUAUCAAACACAGAUGGUAGACGUCCAUUGUGAAGUUUUUACAUUAAGACUGCAACAUUAAGAAAGACACGAUCAGGCAGUUUAACAAUAUUAAGGUGUUUGAAAAUUGGACUAGAAUGCUCGUGAAAUUUAGAGAAAGUCAUCACUCGCACUGCUCUCUUUUGUAAAAUGAACAAAGGCUGGUUAGAGGAAGAUUUUAUAGGUGAUACCCCAAGAAAUUAAACCGUAGGUUAAGAAGGGAUAUACCAGGGCAUAAUCAGUAGCUUAUAAUAUAACCAGAAUUUCUAAAUUCACAUAAUAACGAAGUUUAGAAAGAAUUCCAAUAUUUUGCUUAAUCUUCUUAGCAAUAUGGCUUAGUUGACUUUUCCAUGAUAAAUUAGAAUCUGUUAUAAUACGUAGACAUUUUCCGGGGUACUCUUGGUUUAAGUUUAUGCCAUUUAAAGAGAGUGUGAUAUGAAAGGGUAAUUUUCGGUUUUGGGGGUGGAAAAUGACAAUUUUGACUUAUCAAUAUUAAGUGAAAGUUUUUUAGCACUCAACCAAGUAUGAAUAUUAAACUAUUUCGUUAUUUACAUAGGACCAUAGUUUGUUGAGAUCCAAAAAUUUUGCUACCAUGGGAAUGUGACGUAACGACUUCUCCUCUCUAUUUAAAGAAAGCAACAGACUGCUUGCGGACUGGCUAGCGCAGGUCUGUUCAGUCAGGCAUCAAUGUCUGUGUGGGUUGGAAAGGUGGGUUGGUGAAAUAGGAUCUGAGCAACUUUUUUACCUAAGACACCUGCAGGGCCGGGUUGUUCAAAGGUCGGUUAAGAUAACUCAGGGUUAGUCCGAAAUUUGAAUUUAAAUAUGAAAGCUUAAAACGCAAUAUCAGUUCAAUUAUUUUUGUCUACAACUUGAUGAUUGGACGCUCUUAAAAAAUAAGACAAAAAAUUUACCAGGAAAAUGCUUUUGAUCAAAUCAAAAGAAACACGGAAUAAAAUUUAACCCCGGGUUAGCGCUAAUCGCCCUUCCAACAACUGGGCGCUCGGGUUAUUUAAUCAACGGCCAGGUAAGAGUAUCCAAUGGCUUAGUUGAGUCCAAUCUUACUUUCGGUCUGGCAUCUACUGCUUUCCUGUUUUCAAGGUGGAGGAAACUGAGAAGAACUACAUCAAGCUUGUAGGAGCUAAGCAGUUAAAGCCCGUCAAUUUGACUCCAAGCAAGUUACCGUCGAUGGCCAUUAAACCCCCAACCACCCUUUCUAAACUUACGGAAGGUAUCACCGAACUUGCAAAGAACUCUCUCAGGGAAGAGGAACAUGAACGUGACAGGGAGUUUUGGAUCUUUGCCUCUCAGGUCGCCGAUCGGAUAUUCUUUAUUGUUUUUGCAGUAGUUUUGAUCUGUUCCACCACCACUAUCCUUUCAGAAGUUCCCGACCACUAUUCGGUAGAAUAG